AUGGACACACCGGCUGAACAUGACACCUCCGAAACCGUCGCCGACACUGACGGAUGUCAACACGGACUACAGCGUACCGCUGUGUCCGCCUGCGGCUCACCUGACCGACCCACCGUACAACCGAUUCAACGGCCUCAACACCACCGACGUAACGGCGCAUGCUGCCAUCCAGCCCAUACCCUCCUGUUCCCAAUCCAACACUGGCUGCCUUCGCCCACCGACACGGCAUGGACACACCGGCUGGACAUGACACCGACGGAUGUCAACACAGACUACAGAAUACCGCUGUAUUCGACAAUCUCGCACUGGCCCGGCGCACACAUGCCAAUUCCAUACUCGAUACACGGUAUCUCGAAUGUCGACCGAGGGCAUGGCACGGCUAAGAAGUUCGCUAUCUAUAACAUUCUCGUCAACCUGACGCUCCAGCCACCGACAGCUCACCGCAACUACCGCUCGCUUAGCACACGCCCGCCCACAAUAAGCUCCACCCUAUACAACUUGUUGGACUGCGACAGCCCCCAUGCAAACCUAUCUACCACACUCGGCGUCAGUAGCCCGCUGAGGCUAACCCGGCGAAACCACAACAGCAAACCCGUAGGCUUUGACAAGUCCCAAUGCACACCGCACACUAAUGAAGGCCCGACAGACUGA